AUGUGGCUAUCGACCGGAGAGACUGCAGCACCGACCGAGAGCGCCGACCGAGCCAGCAGCGUUGUAUCGGUAUUCCACAUCGGUCAGGACCUCUGCGGUCAUCCUGGCUUUGUCCAUGGUGGUCUACUCACUGUUCUCUUUGAUGAGGUGUUUGCGCGCUGCGUCUCUGCAGUUUUACCCAGCGGGCUGGGCAUGACGGCGAAUCUCAAUGUGGAUUUCCGAAAACCGGCUCUUCCCGACCGGAUGUAUGUGCUGCGCACGAAGACGGUCAAGGUUGAGGGUCGAAAGGCUUGGGUUGAGGGUCGGAUGACUUAUCUUCCUUUGACUUUGCCGCUUUCUGCAGACUCGAAUGGCAUUGUUUCUGAUGCCAGUCUGCUGCGGGAAGAGAGUGAGGGUGCAGUCAUGGUUGCCGAGGCCAAGGCUUUGUUUAUUGAGCCUACAUUUGCGGAUUCGAUGGUGAAGAUUUAUUCAAACUAG